AAUGUCUUUUGCAUCGAUGUUUUUGUUUUAUCAUUUGCUUUAAGAAGAGCCAGUGGCAUCGGAUAACGGUGAAAAAUCGUCUGCUUUGGAUCAUUCUGCUUCAAGACUUCUUCAGCCUUGUUUUGAAUAUUUGGGACCAUGGCUACUGUAAUUUUUCAUCAUCCCUUUGAUUCAGAAAGUGAUGCAGUGGCUUUAAAUGAAGCAAUUAAUAAUUUAGGAAAAAAUGGCGAUGAAACUCUUAUUCACAUCCUUGGAAAUCGUACUAAUGAACAACGGAAACGGAUUAUGGAAACUUAUAAAUCUAUGUUUAAUCAGGAACUUAGGGACCGACUGCUUUGCAAACUUACUGGCCAUUUCCAGAAAGUUAUUGAUUUAUUGCUGAUGCCUCUUCCAGAAUAUUAUGCCAAGUUAAUAAGAAGGGCCAUAUAUGGUCCAGGCAAAGAUGAUGAUCUGCUGUUGGAGAUUUUGUGUACCAUUACUAACAUUCAAAUCAGGCAAAUUAAAGAGAUAUAUCAGUGUAGAUUUGGAAAGACAUUAGAAGACUCGAUUUUGAACGACUGCCAAAGUAAAUUUAAGCAUAUGCUUCUGUUAAUUUGCAAAGCCGAAAGAAAUGAAGGUAUUGUUUCACUCGACAAAGUUCGAAACGAUGCAGAGUCGCUAUUUGAAGCCGGCGAAGCCCAGUGGGAGACGGACGAGGCUGCUUUCAACACCCUCUUUGCAUUUGAAAGCUAUGAGCAUCUGAGGUUUGUGUUUCAAGAGUAUGAAGAUAUCACAGGACGAACUCUUUCAGAAGCGAUCGAAUCUGAGACAUCUGGAUACAUGAAAAAAGCUCUGCUCACCAUAGUGAGGUGUGUUGAAAAUACUCCUGCCUAUUUCGCACGCAAGCUAUAUCGAGCUCUAAAAGGACAAACAAGAGAUGAUAAAUCACUGAUCCGUAUUGUUGUGAGUCGCUGUGAAAUCGACAUGGUGUUUAUUAAAAACGAAUAUCAAAAGAAGUUUAAAGAAUGUUUAGAAGAUGCCAUUCGAGGCGACGAGCCAGAAAAUUAUGAGAAGCUGUUAGUUGCCCUGGUAACAUUAGACAAGUAGAUUCAACUCAGUAUUAAAGUUCUUCAUUCCUCGACUAUCUGCUAAAUAUUUGGUAAACUAAUCGUAAAAUAUCAAUUUAUUUAUGUGUAACAGACCAUUAGUUCAUUUGCAAGUAGCUGUGGUCCUCUAUGUAUUAUGUGUUAUAUCAAAAGUAAAUUUUACAUUUGUUUUAAUGUUUUAAGUAGACUUGUGAAGUAAGGUACUGCUUUUAAAGAUUGCCUGUACUUGAUGUAUAGUAAUUGAUUAGUUACUGAAGUCAAUUUAUAUUGAUGCAUCUAUAUGAUUUUGAGUUUUAAUAAUUUCUUUUUAAUUGUGUAUAAUUCUUAUGAUUGAUUUCGAUCGAAUAUUAUAUUUUAAUGUAAUGAAUGAAUAUCGAGAUCAAAUUAUAUGCCAAAAAUGUUUUAAUGCCUUUGCCUAUGUUAGAGCACAUUUUUAAAACUGAGUUUUUCAGUUUUAUAAUUUUACAACAACACUUAUAACGAAUAUGAAGCUGAAUCAUUCUUAUGAUAUAACUUCAUUUAAUGGAAAUUACAGAAUAACAAAAUAUUUGUUCCAAUUAAAUUGAAAAUCCAAUGAUAUAAAGACUCUUAGUAAUCGUCAAGUUAAACCAAACUAAUGAGCAAUUAACGUAAUAUUACUAUUAAUUGUCAUGGUCAUCUGCCUUCUUCCUAAUUUAAAAGUUAGAUAAUUUUUUAUCAUCCUAAUAA